CGGCGGCGGCGGCGGCGGCGGUUCCUCUUUCUCCUCGCCCGACAGCGGCAGCGCUGAGGAAACCCGGGGCUCGAUUUCUUCCCAGCCGCCGCCGCCGCCGCCGCCGCCGCGCUCAAAGUUGUCCCUGCAGGAGCAGAAGGGAGCCACGCCAGUGGCGGGAGCUGCAGCAGCAGAAGGACCUUCCUUGCCACCGCCUUCUGACCAGGCCCCUUCUGCCGCUGCGGGGCCUUCGCCGGAAUUGCCGCCGCAGCGAUCAGCAGCAGGCCCUGCACACGGUGCUGUUCUCCCAGCGCCAGAAGAAGGAGCAGCAUCGCGCUCCAGCAGCCGUCUUGUGAGUAGUCGCCGCCGUCGCCCUCCUCAUCGGCGGCGCGGAGAGGAACAGCCUUCGCCCAGGCUUAGAGCCAUCUGCGCCCUGCAGCCGCCGCCGUGCCUGUCCGCGCUGUUCCUGAGCGGCUCCCGGCUCCCAGACAUGACCGCCAUCAUCAAAGAGAUCGUCAGCAGGAACAAAAGGCGAUACCAGGAGGAUGGCUUCGAUUUAGACCUGACCUAUAUUUAUCCAAAUAUAAUUGCAAUGGGUUUUCCUGCAGAACGACUUGAAGGAGUAUACAGAAACAAUAUUGAUGACGUUGUAAGGUUUUUGGAUUCAAAACAUAAAAACCAUUACAAGAUAUACAAUCUAUGCGCUGAAAGACAUUAUGACACCGCCAAAUUUAACUGCAGAGUUGCACAAUAUCCAUUUGAAGACCAUAAUCCACCACAGCUGGAGCUUAUCAAACCUUUUUGUGAAGAUCUUGACCGAUGGCUUAGUGAAGAUGGCAAUCAUGUUGCAGCAAUCCACUGUAAAGCUGGAAAGGGACGAACUGGUGUAAUGAUUUGUGCAUAUUUGUUACAUCGAGGUAGAUUUCAAAAGGCACAAGAAGCCCUAGAUUUCUAUGGGGAAGUAAGGACCAGAGAUAAAAAGGGAGUAACUAUUCCCAGUCAGAGGCGCUAUGUAUAUUACUAUAGCUAUCUUCUAAAGAAUCAUCUGGAUUAUAGACCCGUAGCACUGCUAUUUCACAAAAUGAUGUUUGAAACAAUUCCAAUGUUCAGUGGUGGCACUUGCAAUCCUCAGUUUGUGGUGUACCAGCUUAAGGUAAAGAUCUUCACGUCCUCUUCAGGACCGACAAAACGUGAAGACAAAUACAUGUACUUUGAGUUCCCUCAGCCAUUGCCGGUGUGCGGUGAUAUCAAGGUGGAAUUCUUUCAUAAGCAAAAUAAGAUGUUGAAAAAGGACAAAAUGUUUCAUUUCUGGGUAAAUACAUUCUUCAUACCAGGACUGGAAGAAAAUUCUGACAAAGUAGAAAAUGGAAGUCUUCUCGGAGAUCAGGAACUUGAUGGAAUUUUCAGUACAGAGCGUUCAGAUAAUGACAAGGAAUAUCUAAUACUUACACUAACAAAAAAUGAUUUGGACAAGGCAAAUAAAGACAAGGCAAAUCGUUUGUUUUCUCCAAAUUUUAAGGUGAAGCUAUUUUUCACAAAAACAGUAGAAGAGCCAUCAAACCCAGAGGCUAGCAGCUCAACUUCAGUAACACCAGAUGUUAGUGAUAAUGAACCUGAUCAUUAUAGGUAUUCUGACACCACUGACUCUGAUCCAGAGAAUGAACCUUUUGAUGAAGAUCAGCAUACACAGAUUACGAAAGUCUGAUUUUUUUUUUUAAUUUGGGAAAAAAUACCACAAAGAAGAAAACUUGAAUAAACUGAAUUAUGGACCUUUUGAAAUGGCAAUAGGACAUUGUGUCACAAUUAUCAGUUGUAGGAACAGUUCUUUACCUGACCAAUCUCAUUUUGCCCAAUGAAGGUGUUGGGCUUGACACUUGUUGUCCCGUUGAAAAAAGGUUACGUAGCUAUGUUAUGUAUAUACCUUUUUGUGUCAAGAGGACAUUUAAAUUUCAAUUAGGAAAACACAAAGAUGGCACUUUCCCAUUUGAUUCCAGUUUUAUAAAAGUGGAGACAGAUCUGAUGUGUAUACGUAGGAAUCUUCCUUUUGUGUUCUGUCACCAACUGAAGUUCCUGUAAAGCUCUUUCUAAUACACAGGUUCACAUCCUGCCCCUUUCUUUGCACUUUUGUGGCAACAGAUAAGUCUGCAGUUGGCUCAGAGAAGUAACGGGUUUUACUACAUUCAAAUGCAUGUAAUAUGGGGAGGAGAGUGGAACAAGAAGCUCAGAAAGGAAUGUUUUGUGCUGGACCCUGGACUGUGUACCAUUUCCAGCUUCCUUACAUGCACCUCUUUAGCAUGCUACAGUAAUAAAUCCUGGACAUUUGAGGAAUCGCCGCUGUCACUGCUUGUUUGUGCAUUUUAUUUUUUUUAAGCAUAAUGGUGCUAGAAAAGGCAGCUAGAGGGAGUGGUUCUGUAUUAGGGGUACAGGAAUGAACCUUCCACAACAUCAUGGAAGAUCUGCAAAUGAAGGGAUAUGAAAACAUGUGGUUACAUGUGAAACACAGUAACAAUGACUUAACCAUACAAAUGUGGAGGCUAUCUGUCAGAAAUGGGCUUACACAGUUGUUUGCUUGUUAUGAUUGCCAUUCCCCAAGCUGUGGGUGAUAAAUGUCAGAGUAAUAUUUUUUUCUAAAAAAAAAAAAAAAGCAAAAGAAAAUCCAAAAAAAACCCAACCCUUGUCCUUCAAACAUUUGGAAAUGCUAUUUUGAAUUUCAUGAUGUAAAAUCCCAUUGGUUUAUUGGCGUUAAUUGUUCAUUAUUGGUUUUCCCACUUGAGUGAAUUUGGAGUCCAUUGUGCCCAGUCCAUUAGCAUUAAUAGCAAGGGUAUAAAUGGUAACUAGUCAAGGCAGAACUCAGGCUGAAUACUGAACAAAGGGGCAGCAUGCUCCUUCAACAUUCAUUGGUGAAUUUUGCUCCCUUUUCUAAUCCUGUGUGUAGUCGCGUGCCUAUAACUUCAUAUUGAUUUUCAGUGGGACUUGCAUGUAGCUGCACAGGAUCAUAGCUUUCAUCCAUUAUGUAAAUUCUUUUCAAAGCUAAUGUUCAGGCUUCCUAAGUUUGAUCCAGUACUACGAUUCCAUAGAUGAAACUGAUAGGCAAGAGGUGACUACUGAAUCGCCUUUGACUUUUCUCCUGUGACUUAUGUUGGACCUAGUUUCUGUUCAAACAAUUUUGAAAGCCACAUUAGCCGACUAAAAAGUUUGUGCAUUAAAAUAUUUGGAUGUUGACA